GCGAGAGUCUGGUGUAGAAGAGGGCAGACAGGUACGGUAUCUUCGAUUGGAGGGAGGAGAGAGGGAGAGGGGGAGAAAGGGGAGGGAGGGAAGGAGGUGUUUGUUUGUUUGUUUCAUGCUGAAGCGAAGGGGAGAGAGAGCGGAGGAGCGGACGGCGCCGUCCGCGUUUGACUGAGCUGGACGAGCGAUGGCGUCGGUGGAUCUUGAAGGCUCUGGAGAGGCAUGCUGCAGCGAUGAGGAAGGAGAUAAGAGGAAUGGGAUAGCCUCCGGGAACUCCAAUGCUGACGGCGAUGGCGUCGUCAGACUGCCAGACCCGUACGACGAGGAAAAGUAUCCCGAUCGGCAAGGAGAAGAUCCCGAUCGACUGUCCGUAAAGCAAGUUGCCGAAAACGGAAAGGGAUCCCGAUCGGCGGAGGAGGUGGAGCAGCAGCAGGAAACGGAUCCCGACCGGCUUUCCGUAACGGGAUUUGCCGAAAAUGGAAAGGGAGACGAGGUCGCGGAGGAGGACGAGCAGCAGCCGGAAAGGGAUCCCGAUCGACUUCCCGUUACGGAAGUUGCCGAAAACGGAAAGGGAUCCCGAUCGCCGGAAGAGGUGGAGCAGCAGCAGGAAACGGAUCCCGACCGGCUUUCCGUAACGGGAUUUGCCGAAAACGGAAAGGGAGACGAGGUCGCGGAGGAGGACGAGCAGCAGCCGGAAAGGGAUCCCGAUCGACUUCCCGUUAAGGAAGUUGCCCAAAACGGAAAGGGGGAUAAGGUCCAGGGGCAGGAGCAGGAGGAAGCGGAGAACGACAGCGAGGUGGAUGGCGAUGGUGAUGACGAUGAUGCCGAUGAUGACGACGAAGAGGAAGGCGAUGAAGACGACGAGGAUGAAGAUGAAGAGGUGGUCGGCGCCCUUGAUUGGUGCGAUCUAAGGGACGAUUUGCAGUCACGUGGGAGGUUGCAUGGUUCAGGUUCGUAUGGGGGCGGAUACAGUGUGCAGAAUAGACCCAAUGCAUUUGGAGGGGCACAUUCACACAAUGCAGGAUCGGCGGGACCGACGCCAAGUGGGAUGUUACAGCCGCGCGGAGUGCGCAAUCAACACAAAUUUGCAGGCCGAAUUCAUGUUGGCCCAUUGGAGGCAGGGAAGGUCAGCGCCUAUGAGAUUGGAGCCACGUCAGUGAAAGAAUGCUCGAGACGGGAAGUGGAAGGACGUGUUCGAGUCGUCGACAAAAGCGACAGGGCAACGGUCGAGCAGGCUCUAGAUCCACGGACAAGGAUGGUGCUCUUUAAGAUGCUGCACAAGGGUGUUUUCUGCGAAAUCAAUGGAUGCAUCUCGACUGGGAAAGAGGAGCGGACAAGGCCUCAGUAGCUUGGUUUUCUUUCUUCACUUUGUUUUUCUUUUCUCCUGAGAUCUAAGAAUCUUGGCUCUUUACCCGUCCAUCCCUUCAGGAGGUCUUGGGUUCUAUCCCCUCUGGUCUCAUGUACCUUCCUGGGCAAGCUUGGGGCCCGCCACCUUGAGAUAGCCCAUUGGUCCACCCGAGCGGCAUUGAGCAGGACUCUUGAUGUUCGCAGGGGGAGGGGACCGGAGGGGAGGUACAGCAACUGGCCCAUCACAGAAGCUCGGUCCUGAUGCUACCGGCUAACCCCUGGCCGGUAUCGCCCACGUG